AUGGAUAGGGGGAGGUUGAAAUGUGCAGACGCAGGAAAUGUCCAACAGCAGCUCUAUCAGGCACUUCCUCCUGAUGGCAUAGCAGACAUGCGGCAGCUGCAGCUCCUGCACUUCUGCCUCUUGCUGGACAUCUCUCUGGCUGCCCUCCUAGGCAACAGCCUCAUCAUCAGUGCCACCAUCAUGUGCUACGACCGCUACGUGUCCAUCUGCAAACUCUUGCACUACAGGACCCUCCUGGGCAGCAGAGCUUGUGCCCACAUGGCAGCAGCUGCCUGGGCCAGUGGCUUUCUCACUGGUCUUCUGCACACAGCCAAUACAUUUUCCCUGCCCCUGUGCCAUGGCAAUGUCCUUGGCCAGUUCUUCUGUGAGGUGCCCCAGAUUCUCAAGCUCUCCUGCUCCCACUCCAAACUCAGAAAAAUUUGUAUUUCAUUGCUUGGUGUCUGUUUAGGUUUUGGUUGUUUUGUGUUCAUUGUUUUCUUCUAUGUGCAGAUCUUCAGGGCUGUGCUGAGGAUCCCCUCUGAGCAGGGACAGCACAAAGCCUUUUCCACCUGCCUCCCUCAUCUGGUUGUGGUCUCCCUGUUUAUCAGCACUGCCUUUUUUGCCUACCUGAAGCCCCCCUCUAUCUCCUCCCCAUCCCUUGAUCUGGCCCUGUCAGUUCUGUACUCGGUGGUGCCUCCAGCCCUGAAUCCCCUCAUCUACAGCCUGAGGAACCAGGAGCUCAAGAAUGGUCUGAGGAAAAUUAUAACAAAUGAUUUUCAGAAGCAAUAA